UUCCACACCUUUCACUUACCAAUACAAUCAUCAUCUUCCCCACCUUUUUUUUUCCCGCAUUUUCUCACCAUAUUUUCCCUUGAACCAAUGGGGAGAGAUGAAACAGAGACGUACCUUACGGUUCCUAGCUUCUUCAGGUGUCCCAUAUCUCUCGACGUGAUGAAGUCUCCCGUUAGUCUCUGCACCGGCGUAACCUACGACCGCGCAAGUAUCCAGAGGUGGCUCGACGGUGGCAACAACACUUGUCCCGCCACUAUGCAGAUUCUCCGAACUAAAGACUUCGUUCCUAACCUCACUCUUCAACGGCUAAUCAAAUCCUGGUCAGAUUCCCUCGGCCGUCACGCCGGUGGCUCUCCGCCUCGAGGGAUUUUAACGGUGGAAGAAGUGAACGAGUCGUUGAGGAGACUGAGUCUCGAGAAGGACGACGACGAGAUUCGUCUGGAGAAUCUCUCCAGAAUCGUCCGAUUCGCGAAAGACUCCGACACGAACAGAGAGUUUCUCUGGAAGAGAGAUGAUUUCGCGCCAAUGCUGGUCGACAUCGUCGCCGCCGUGGACGGCGGAACGCGCGCGACGACGAAGAUCAAGCUAGGUCUCCUGGCGAUUAUGAUUUUGGAUACUAUGUUCAAGGGAGAUAACAACGAGAGAGAUCGCGAACGGUUAUCGAAUCUGAUGUUAACGGACGGUGGCGGCCGUUGCUUGACGGCGCUUCUCCUCGCGAUUCAGCGCGGGAAUCUGAAAACUAAGAUCGAGUCCGUUAGGGUUUUGGAGAUGAUCUCUUUCGACACCAAGUCGAAAGAGAUCAUCUCAGAACGUGACGGGAUCCUAACGGAGCUGAUCAAAUCGAUCAGCUCCGAGACGGAUGCUUCUUUGAUGGAAGCGUGUUUAUCAUUCUUAAUCACAAUCUCCACCUCGAAACGAGUGAGAUCGAAACUCAUCGCGGAGAAAACGAUCACGAUGAUCAAAGACAUUCUCUUGACGGAGACAACGAGCGUCGCCGUGACGGAGAAGUCGUUGAAACUGUUGGAGACACUGUCGUCAAAGCGGGAAGGUAGAUCGGAGAUAUGCGGCGGAGACGCCGGAGGGAGGUGCGUGGAAGGAGUUGUGAGGAAGCUGUUGAAAGUCUCGGAGAAGGCGACGGAGCACGCCGUGACGAUUUUGUGGUGUUUGUGCUACGUGUUCAGAGAAGAUAAGAGGGCGGAGGAGACGGUGGAGAGAUGUAACGGCGUGACGAAGCUGUUGGUGGUGAUUCAGAGCAACUGCUCGCCGAUGGUGAGACAGAUGGCGAAAGAUUUGAUAAAGGUUCUGAAGGUGAAUACAUCUGCUUCUGCUUUGUCUGCUUACGAGACGAACACCACUCAUAUUACGCCGUUUUGAUUUUUAUAAUUGUCAUCAGCUAUUUUGAACGUAGAUAUUGUAUAUAUCAUGAGAACUUUUUUUUUUUGCUAGUGUGAUCAAUUUUGCUAAAGUACAGAAUUUUUAAUUUCUUAAACGUGUAUGACUGUAUGAGAAACACUAUUAUCUAACAGUAAAAUGGUU